CCUCGCUUUCGUUUAAACAGCGAGGCAGCCCGCCGGUAUUGUAAGUUUAACGCACGAACCUCGAGUGCUCAUUUUAUAUUAGCAAUGGAGAAUCAACUUUGCAAGCUUUUUGUUGGUGGAUUGAAUGUCCAGACUACCGAUGAUGGACUGCGAAAGCAUUUCGAGCAGUAUGGAACGCUCACUGACUGUGUGGUAGUCCAGAACCAGCACCUGAAGCGCUCCCGGUGCUUCGGCUUUGUCACUUAUUCGACUCCGGAGGAGGCCGACGCAGCUAUGGCGGCCCGUCCACAUGUGGUGGAUGGUAAUAAUGUGGAGCUGAAGAGAGCCGUGUCGAGAGAGGAGGCCGGCAAGCCAGAGGCCCUGGCUAAAGUAAAGAAAAUAUUUGUCGGAGGUCUGAAAGAUGAUGUCGAAGAUGAGCAUUUAAAUGAUUAUUUUUCCAAGUUUGGUUCAAUUGAGAAAGUCGAGGUGAUCAGCGACAAAAACACCGGUAAGAAGCGAGGUUUCGGAUUUGUCUACUUCGAUGACCACGACUCUGCUGACAAAUCUGUUGUGCUGAAAUACCACACGAUCAACGGACACAAAGUAGAAGUAAAGAAAGCCCUUUCGAAGCAGGAGAUUCAAGCAGCCGGUGCUCGCGGUGGUGGUCGGGGUCGAGGAGGUCGGGGAGGCCCUGGAAGGCCGCAGGAUAAUGGUUAUGGAGGCUUCAGCAGCAGCAGCAGCUAUGGCGGUGGCUACGGUGGAAGUGAUAGCUAUGGAUAUGGAAGCAGUAUCGGAUACAGCGGUUAUGGUGACCAGAUGGGUAGUGGAUAUGGAAAUGGGAGCAUGUACAGUGACUUUGGUGGUGGCUAUGGACAGCAGACUUCCGGCUACGGAGCGAUUAAGGGGGGUAGCUAUUCGGGCAGGAGUACUGCACCUUACUCACGAGGUGGUGGUGGUGCCGCCAGCUAUAGCAGGGGUGGGUACGGGGGCCCCUACUGAAAUCCCCUUCAUUGUAUUACCUUUUGACCGGAAGCAAAUUAUAUGAUUUUCUGGCGCCAAAUUUUUUUUACUUACGGGAUCGAUUAUUUUGAUAUGCCCCGCUUUUAAUGCCGUAUUGCACCACCAAUUUCAACUCGGUUAGCAAUCCAUAUUUUUGUUUAGUUUAAGAGAUACAGUAUGGACAUUAAUGUUUCACGUACCUUUUGUCUUUUUAAAUACUUUUUAAAAGAUUUCUAUAACUUGUCUUUUAAUUAAGUCCUUAUUGUAUGUUUGGAUGAUUAAGAUGCAUUCAUGUUUUAUUUUAACGGAUUUGUAUUGUAUGAAAAGGUGUGGGGAGAGCAGCAUUUUGUAAUUUUAUUCAUUCUUUUGUAUAUUUUAAGGGGAAAGAUGGUCACUCUUGUUUUUGCUAAUUGCAAAUGAUAUACCUUUCCUAUUGUGUUGGGAGUGUUUUUGUUUUUUUAUUUUUAACCUGUUUUAGGCCAAUAAACACAUUGAACUUUU